ACGCGAAAUUUAUGAGGAAACUGAGACAUGUGAGCUGUACAGAUACCCCUCAAUGACGAAAACUUUGGGAGAGUUCAAGCUUCACGUGAUUGAGGGUGAAUUUACCGAUUCUCAGAUUAUUGUGAUGCUCGGUGAGAAUGGAACAGGGAAGACCACAUUUAUCCGUAUGCUGGCUGGUAUACUGAAACCCGAUGCUGAUUUGGAGAUGCCAAAUCUUCAAGUUUCUUACAAGCCUCAGAAAAUUAGUCCAAAGUCCAAACUAACUGUCAAGGACUGGCUUCCAAACAUAUUCGCUCAUCAGCAGUUUGUGACAGACGUGAUGAAGCCUCUCCAAAUCGAUUUAUUGGAUCAAAAAGUUGAGAAACUCUCCGGUGGAGAGAUGCAAAGCGUUGCUUUAUGUCUAUGCCUUGGACAGCCUGCAGAUAUCUAUCUGAUUGACGAACCAAGCGCGUACCUUGACUCUGAGCAGCGCAUCGUCGCUGCAAAAGUCAUAAAGAGGUUUAUCCUCCAUGCGAAGAAAAGUGCGUUUGUGGUUGCACGAUUUCAUUAUGGCUACGUACCUGGCAGAUAG